UUCUAAUAAUAGACAUUACAUACAAUAGUAUUUUCUAAUUUUUUUUUUAAGUUUAUAAAUGUCGUGGCUAGGAGCGCUUCGUAUUUGUUAAGCUGUAUCUGAGUCGCGUCAUCUUUCAUGUCAAUAAUAGAAAAAUGCCGGAGUGUGAGAACUCCUCACGUUGGGGAAAGAAGCCAUGGUUAUUUUUCAGUUGCAUCUUCUAUUACUUCGACAUAUAUACAUAUAACGGUAGCCAAUUCUCUUUAAAGACUGAUCUAUUCGUUCUGGAAUACUUUACAUUUAGCGCUCUUUCAAGCCCCACCAACAACGUAUAUUACUAACUAACAAAUUAGAAAGGCAGCCAUUUUAUAUCAUUAGUAUCUCAAGCAUGCCUCUACGUUCAUGAAUGGAGCUCAGGUGUAAUGCCAAGGGAGUGAGAAAACCGGUCCAACUUGAACGAUAUUAACUUCCAAACCUGGUACCUCUAUAGGGCUUGAUAUUUACUGGAUAUCUCAAAUAUUGGUUUCGUCCAGUCAAAUAUCAGCAAUUUGUAAGGUAGCGCGCAUAUAUUCUAUCAGCGCGAUAUAUAAUAUUAGCAAAAUAGCGCGACUCACAAUUGGGUUAAAAUUUUAUUUCUGCAUUGCAUCAAUGAAUUUAGUCAACCAAAUACAUUUUGAUACUAGAACCUAGAGCAGCUUGACCAGCUUUGUUUUUCGUUAUUUUUAAAACCGAAAAGGUCUCCUGCUAUUUAAUCGAUCUCUGUAUGUAUGAUAUUCAUACAACCUAACUUUAACCUAGAGUCCAACAACCAUCCAUGUUUAUUUUCAAAACGACAUCUAAUCUAUGGGGUACAUUGGCUUUCUGCGUUUAUAGACAGUUUGGUUUCGUUUUCUAACGAGUUUCCUUGAAUGGCAUCGUUGCAUCCAACCCUCAUGCGAUUUCGAGACUGGUCCAUUUUCACCAGUUGUUUGCAAACCAUUGCGAACCCCGAAUCUAGUCUCAGGCUUGGUGAGGACUUGCAUCACAGACAGAAAUCUAUCCUUUGCAAAUACGUAUUCAGUAAACAUUGUCUACUAAAUAAGUUUAGCAGAUAGAGCGAUUCGACAUCUUAAAAUUAUAUUAAUGACGGGACCUUUAGUUGAAUGCGUGUGACGUCAGCUUUGGCGCUGGUGGAUCCCCCAGCGGGAGGUACUCAGUACAUGCGCACGUGUUCUGCAAGAGCAUUCAAACCUUCAACACAAUCACUUUCACGCUUGCGCCAUGUCAUCGCCAGUGACAAGGAUGUCGUCUCGUUGGCACAGUUUCGCGCCGUACCAUAUGUCGAUCUCAAUGACGUGAUUGUUGUAAUCGUCUCACCGAACGCCAUUGGUUUAUAUGGAAAAUCGCGCUAAACGUUGAGUGCCAGAUUAAAGACGACUUUGGACAGAGGACAGACUCUAGUAGACCUAGUCUGGGGUCUUCGAUUUUGCAUGGCAUUUUAAAGUGUGGCCGUUUAGAUAAAAGGAGUGUGACCUGCUUUCAGAUCAUAACAAUGGGAGUUGGCAGGCGGGCCGAGUACUGACUGCUCCUGUGCCGGGCGGGCUAUAUGUUUGUGGCGCGCUAUGGCGCGUAUUGAGCACAAUGCAAGCGAGGGCACGACACGGAUUGCCCACCACUUUUGUACUGGACGAAUACCGUUAUGGACGGCUAUGAUGAAGUUAAGAAGAUCGGUCAAGGAACCUAUGGCACGGUGUAUAGGGCUGUUAACUCCACGACCGGAGAAGAGGUUGCACUCAAAAAGAUCAGGAUUGACCCCGAUACUGAAGGCGUUCCAUCAACGACGAUGCGCGAAAUCGCUUCGUUAAAAAUGCUGCAGCACGAGAAUAUUGUUCGGCUGUACGAUAUUAUUCCAUCGAGACACAGUAUUUACCUAAUUUUCGAAUACAUGGCUAUGGAUCUUAAGCAUCUGCUCGACCAGCACGCAAAACUCAAAAUCCCCAUACCGGAAGCAACGGUGAAAAGUUUCAUGUGGCAGCUCCUCCAAGGACUUGCCUAUUGCCACAAGAACAUGAUACUCCACAGAGACCUCAAACCGCAAAAUCUGUUGCUCGAUAAAAAAGGUCAUAUUAAGCUGGCAGACUUCGGGCUCGCUCGGCCAUUCAGUUGUCCCGUGAAGAUGUACACACAUGAAGUAAUUACCCUGUGGUAUCGUCCACCUGAGAUUUUAUUAGGGACGAAAACAUAUGACUUGUCGGUUGAUAUUUGGAGCCUCGGAUGCAUCGUCGCCGAAAUGAGCAACAACAAAUGCCUUUUCCCUGGUGAUUCAGAAAUUGAUCAGCUGUUCAAGAUCUUUCAAGAGCUGGGCACACCUAAUGAGAAGAUUUGGCCAGGCGUUACGGAAUUGCAGGAGUACAAGUCGUCAUUUCCUCGCUGGCCGCAAAAAGAUAUCGAAACCCGUCUACCUCGAAUGGAGACGUGUGGAAAACGUCUGAUCUCGUCAAUGCUGCGUUUGAAUCCGAUGAAACGAAUAACAGCGAUGGAAGCACUUCGCGACAAUUAUUUUCUGAACGUCAAGAUCGAACCGCUUUCCAACCUUCGCGUAAGCAAGGAGAUUUCAUCUAGUUCCGCCACUUUUCGCCGAUGAAACAGGUUCGUCCUAAGCCGAUCAUCUCAGUUCAGCCGAGCUUAGACACCGAAGUGUCCAAUUCAGCCUGUGGCUACCUCGCAGCUGCAUUUUUUGUGCACGGCCAAUAUCAUAAUCACCCUGUCCCAAGCUUUCUUCUAGGCCAGCUGCUAUACGUUUGUAUGACAGAGGUGUAGCUUCAAUUUUAGGUGACUUUUAGGCGCUCUUAUACUUCUAGUGAGAUCGAACGAAAGUGAGUGGAAAAUAGACUAGGGAUCGGUAAACACCAAAGCGGUAGCGGAAAAUUCGAAUGCAAUAAGGUCGUGACUGAUAUUGCUGAAACUUGCUCUGUAUCUGCAAUGGUGGUGAAGAUGUGGCAUUCAACUGUUUCUUACCUUCCAUUCGCAUUCGUCAUUUUCAGGCAGCAAUAACAGAAUCACUAGUGUAGAUACUUGUCUCGUUUGAAGCUUUGGGCUCUGGUGCUGCCAAAAAAACGUCAGGAGCCCGACCCAAACAACAGGGAUCGCAAAGAUCUGGUCUGAACGAUGUACAUAAUUUAAAUGUUCCUCAUGUGUAGACAGCAGCUGUUCUUUCCUUCUUUCUUCUGAUUGCUACGUCUCCUGUAUUCUUCUUGAGAACUGCUUUGGUUAGCUCGUUCUUUUUCCUAUUCAAUUUUCCGAACCGUUUCAUUAUAUCAUGUUUUGUUGUUCUCGGCGCCUCUAUGACUGAAGCACUGGCAUCAACAACAAGAUGAGCUUUAUUAUCCGCCAGCUUGAGAGGCACUCAGUACUUGCUGCGGUAUUCUUCGCACAUCACGAUGUAGAUUUGCUUGAAGUAAAAUGGGUUUUCAUAGGUGACCUUACCUUAGUCAGUCAUGUUGGGAGGAACUUAUAAAGACGCUGAAGUUCUACAACAAGAUGCUAGGGCUUUACGAUAAUUCAUGUAAAGUAUUAUAGAAACAAAACUGUGCCACGUUUUACGUAGAUAGAAAUAUGUACAUAGUUUAUAUAUUCAUUAGAUGGUAUUUAAAAUGUGAUAAAAAAAAAAAGUAGCAGCCAUCGA